UCACGUAAGUGGGGCCAAACACAAGAGGCUGAACCAAUCAAUAAGUGAGUCAGAGAAGACAGAGUAUAAAACCUCAGGAGCUCCAGUGCUCCUCACAUCACCAGCAUCUCCUCUCCUCUCUCACCCUUCCUGGUGCUUCAGGGUCCCCUUCCUGCUUAGACAAGAUGUCCCACCAGAAAAAGCAGCCCACCCCCUAUCCCCCAGCGGGUUGCGGGAAGACCUCUGGCGGCGGCGGCGGCGGCGGCAGCGGCGGAGGCGGAGGCGGAGGCGGCAGCGGCGGCUGCGGUUUCUAUAGUGGCGGCGGCGGUUCCAGCUGCGGCGGAGGCGGCGGAGGCGGUGGCUCCAGCUGCGGUGGCGGUGGCUCUGGAGGCGGCUCCAGUUGCGGAGGCGGCGGGGGCUCUGGAGGAGGGAUCAAGUACUCCGGAGGCGGCGGCGGCUACUCCGGGGGCGGAGGCGGCUCCGGCUGCGGCGGCUACUCCGGCGGCGGCGGCGGCUCCAGCUGUGGCGGCUACUCCGGCGGUGGCGGCGGUAGCUCUGGAGGCUGUGGAGGCGGCUCCGGAGGGGGCAUCAAGUACUCCGGGGGCGGCGGUUCCUCCGGGGGCGGCGGUGGCUGCUACUCCAGCGGCGGCGGCGGCGGUGGCUCCAGCUGCGGUGGAGGUUCCUACGGGGGUGGCAGCUCCGGUGGUUGCGGCGGCGGCUCCUCCGGGGGCGGCGGCGGUUCUUUCUGCGGUGGCGGCUCCUCUGGAGGCGGCGGCGGAGGCUGCUAUUCUAGCGGCGGGGGCGGCGGAGGCGGCUCCAGCCAGCAGUUCCAGUGCCAGAGCUACGGAGGCGGCUCUAGCGGCGGCUCCGGUUGCGGCGGCGGCUCCUCCGGGGGCGGCUCCGGUUGCGGCGGCGGCUCCUCCGGGGGCGGCGGCUGUGGCUACUCCAGUGGCGGCGGCGGCUACUCCGGCGGUGGCGGCGGCUACUCCGGCGGUGGCUCCAGCUGCGGCGGGGGCUCCUCCGGUGGCGGCGGCUCCGGCUACUACUCCUCGCAGCAGACCACCCAGACCUCGUGCGCCCCGCAGCAGAGCUACGGAGGGGGCUCGUCCGGCGGCGGCUGUGGCGGCGGCUCCUCCGGAGGCGGCGGAGGCUGCUUCUCCAGCGGUGGGGGCGGCGGCGGUUCCAGCUGCGGCGGGGGCUCCUCCGGAGGUGGCGGAGGCUGCUUCUCCAGUGGCGGCGGCGGCGGCAGCUGCGGAGGUGGUUCCUCCGGAGGCGGCGGUGGCGGCUCCAGCUGUGGCGGUGGCUCCUCCGGGGGUGGCUCUGGGGGUGGCAAGGGCGUCCCGAUCUGCCACCAGACCCAGCAGAAGCAGGCGCCUACCUGGCCAUGCAAAUAAGGCCCCCAGGAUGCCGCGGAGACCAAGGAGCUGGAGGUGUUCUCCGUUGGCGCCAGUGGGCUUAGCGAUCUCAUGAUAUUGCCCAAAGUUUCCAAAUCCUUCACGUCUUAAUCAGCAUAGAAGAAGCCAUUGAGUUCUCAGGCUGCAUCUUAUUCUGCAGUUUUUUCUUGGUUUCUGUAUGACUACCUCCCAACUCUAGUGCCUCCUUAAUCAAUAAAUUUGCAAUUCAUGAGAA